UCACCAAAAAGAGUAAAUCCAAUGAAUUGCAGUUGAAUUCAAACACAUCCGAAACCACUGUCGGACAGAACAGAGGAUCAGAUCUGCAAAAUAUGGAUGUGUUAGUGAUUCCCAUCGGAAACACUCGGGAAUGUCCGGGAAUGUUGACCGAAGACAAAGUGCUGAAAGCCGAACAACAGAAGAGGUCCACAAAAGUGAGACUGAAUUUGGAUUUAUUGUUGACACAAAAUAUUGAAGAGACGGAGAGUGUUGUCAGUGCCGUCAGCGGCAGUGAGAAGAGAACGCGAUUUUCUUUAUCUCAAGACCAGGAGUCGAUCGGAACGAGUGAUAACUUGGAGGCCAUUUCCGAAGCGGCGUCUAAUCAUUCGGUGGAAUCGUCUUUGGAUUUAGAGAAUGAAAACGACAACAUGUCUGAUAUGGUGUCCGCGAAUGUAAGCAGUGGUAGAGGAACACCAAAUGUGAGCGGAAGGGAUACCCCGUCCUCACACUCUCCCAAUCAAUCGAGUCCAUCAUCUGAUGGCGACGAAGACGAACCAAUGCCUGAUCCAGAGGACGCACCCGUCAAUAUGGCGGUGCCUUUGCCUCCAACGAGUUCCGGUUCGAGGCGUUUGAACGCCAUUCCUAUUACACAACCCAAUCGUCCCAACAAUAGAGACGAUAUCGAGGAUAAGUUCGGCAAAUUCGACAUAAAGCCCAUUCCAGCCAUCGAUGAGACCAAGUCCUUACUGAGCGACACCUGGAGUACAGACGUGUUGGGCAGCGAUUGCGAGGCUUUCGAGCAAAUGGAGAACAUUUCAAACUUACAAACUUCUGGCAUGAAUUUGUUGGUCUUUGGAGGACAUCAAACACAACCCCUUCAGUCAUUACUGGAUGGCUCUGAAACUGCCAGUCAGAGCGACGCCUGGAGUACUGAUGUGUUGACAUCCGAUACGGAAAGGUUGCAAGAGUUUGAUCCCGAAGAUAGUGCGAGUGUCACCCGAUCUGAACCCGAAGAGGAGAACUUGAAUGCGAUUUACGAAUACAAUAAUCUGAUAGAAAGCCCUAAAAACGGAACUCUCAAACAGAGAGGCAUUAAAAUGAGUUCCAAUUUCUCGCAAGAAAUGAAUGAAACGAAUUCUAACGCAACUAUAGUUCGCUCCAAGAGUUCGGUCGUUAACUCUAACAUAAGUUCACUAAAACUCAUGAAUUUAAGCAAAAGUGAAACCGAAAGGAACUCUUUUGGAGAAACGAGUUUAGGUGAAGGAAGUGAUCACUUCUCUGACAGUUUUGCGAUGUCUUUAUCGCCCACUCUAUUGACACAUAACAUGCAAUCUCUCGGAAGAUUGAGUUUUGAUGUGCGAAAGUUUGACGAAGACCUCACCUCUAGGUCUCUAAUUAGCGACAAUUUAUUAACUAAUUUGAAAUCAAACGGCAUUUCAAACAAUGGCUCAAACAUUGUCUCUGAAUUGCUUUCCGUUGAUUUGACUCCGAAGAGAGUCACAAAACAAUUGAAUCCCGAAUUGUCCAACACUUUGAUUGAUUUUGAAAUGGAUGUGUCCUGUGAUGGAUCGCAAGGACAGCCAAAUACUAGUUGUCUUACCAAUGAAUCCAAUGAAUUGUUGAAUGAGAUGCAAAUUGAAGAGCAGAUGAGUUCACAUAUAGAGCCAAAGGAUUCUCAAUUGGCUUCAAAUUCCUACACAAACAGUGGUAUUGAAAGUAACAAAAGUAUUGCCAAUAAUGGCUCUAAACAGAGAACUAUUGACGAAUCAACCGGUGCUAUACCUAAGACUCCUAAACCGAUUAUAAACACACGCUUUCAUCAGUACGGCUCCAGUGAUGACGAUAUGGCACGCCUUCCCUCUAAUCGCAAGAGUUUUUUCAAACUCUCAAACUUUAAGUCAACGUUUAAAGAGAAGAUGCGUUCACUUAAAGACAAAAAAGUCACACCGAAUGACGAUUCCUAUGAUUAUGAAUCGUCGCGAACUCAGCGGUUAACUAUGGAUUUCAAUGAAUCCAGAAAUGAGUCUUCUGAUGAGAUUCUGGCUAAAUAUAGAGCAAAGGGUUCACAAUUGAGCGCCAGUUGUGAUGAGAUUACACUGAAAGCCAAUUCGACACCUGAUUUGGUAAAUGAGGACCAGAAGUGCGAAUUAAUGGACGAAUCAGAGGUCUUGGAGAUCACAAAACGCAAAUUGAGACGAGUAUUGAGUUCUAUUGAUUUGAUCACAAUUCCCGCUGUUAUGAACGAAACGGUUUCAAAUAACAGUAAAACUAAAGUCAUUCAAAUCAUUCAUAUAUUAAAGUUACUUUUGGCGGAAGCGAUAAGUCUUCGGAAUACAAGUCAUUCGGUUUUAUUACACGAAACGCUACGAAGUAUUGAAUCAUUGGAUGAAAACUCAUUUCAAAAGAUGUUUUGGUCGCUGAACGAGGACUACAAGAAGAGAAGUGUUUACACAACAUAUUUGACUCGAUGUCGACAACAAUUGCUGUCAACUCUGGCGUACUUCGAGAGUAUUGUUCAACACAUUGAACGCGAGAAAGCCGUUUGUUCUCAUAAUUUGAUUUCAAUUUCUGUGAAACAAUUUUUGGAGCGAAAAGAGAGAAGCGUUCAGUUAUUCAUAAAGAAGUUCCAGUCGUUG